AUGUUGCGCAAUUCGAAGAACAAAGGCCCCAAAAAGUCCGCCAUUGGCGACGACUUGGCCCAACUCCUCCCUGACAACGGCCAACCCUGGUACACCAAAAAACAUCUUCUACUCCUCAACUACUUCGCCCUUUGCAUGUGUUUGCUCUCUGCUGCAAACGGUUAUGAUGGAAGCAUGAUGAACGGGUUAAUGGCACUCCCUCAAUGGUUCGAAUUUAUGGACCAUCCCAAGGGUGCUUGGCUGGGCUUCAUUAACGCCGUUCAAGCUCUGUCCUCGACACUCACCUACCCCUUCAUUGCUUACUUUGCCAACCGUUGGGGUCGUAAGAAGGGCCUUUACAUCGGCUUCUUCUUCCUCCUGCUCGGUGCCCUACUUCAAACCUUCACCCCCAACAUUGCCGGCUUUGUAGUCGGCCGAUUCUUCCUUGGCCAGCCCAGCGCCUGGUGGGGUUCACUUGCGCCUCUUCUCAUCACUGAGUUGGCAUAUCCCCCACACAGAGCUCUUCUCACGGCUCUAUACAACUGUGGAUGGUACGUCGGAUCCGCAGUAGCGGCAUGGGCCACCUUUGCGACCCGAAACUAUGCGGAUGAUUGGGCGUGGCGCAUCCCCUCGAUCCUGCAGAUCGCUGUCCCCAUCCUCGUACUUCCCGCAGCCAUUUGGAUCCCUGAAUCUCCUCGAUAUCUCGUCUCCAUAGGCCAAUCUUCCAAGGCUCGAGAGAUCCUGACCAAGUUCCAUGCUGGCGGCGAUGAAAGCUCCCGUCUUGUUGAUUUCGAGAUUUCCGAGGUCGAGAACGCCAUCGAGGCCGACACCACCGCAGCAAACAGCACAUCCUGGAUGGACCUCUUCUCUACCAAGGGCAACCGCCACCGUGCCUUCAUCUCCAUGACCCUCGGCGUCUUUACCCAGUGGAACGGUGUUGGCGUCGUGUCUUACUAUCUUGCUCUCGUGCUCCAGACCGUUGGCAUCACGUCCGUCACACAUCAGACACUCAUCAGCGGAUGUCUGCAGAUCUGGAAUCUCUUCUUCGCCGUGCUGGCCGCCUUGAACGUUGACAGGGUUGGUCGCCGUCCGCUAUUCUUGAUCAGCUCGGUCGGCAUGCUUGUCAGCUACAUCGUCAUCUCGGGCCUGUCAGGUAGCUUUGCAAUGACUGGUGCGAGCUCUGUGGGCUUGGCCGUGGUGCCCUUCCUGUACAUCUACUUUGCUUUCUAUGAUAUCGCUUUCACACCGCUUGUGGUAGCUUAUCCUGCCGAGAUCUGGCCUUAUCAACUGCGAGCUCGUGGUGUUGCUUUAACGCAGCUGUCAACUGCCUCCGCUAUCUUCUUCAACAUCUUCGUCAACCCCAUCGCCCUGGAUGCCAUUGGCUGGAAAUACUACAUCGUUUUUGCCGUCAUCUUGUUGAUUAUCACAGUGACUAUUUACUUCUUCUACCCCGAGACAAUGGGCCACUCUCUGGAGGAGAUGGCAAUUGUUUUUGACGGCAUUGAAGCAGCUGUCAUCUCGGAGAACGCAGCUAGGACAGUCAAGGGCACAGGGGAUGUUGAACACAUGGAAAACGCUUGA